AAACAUCAGACAGCUGAGAACCUUCAUCUGAGAUCAGAAUGGCAGAGGAAUGGGGAAAACCAGUGUUUGCAGCCAGGAGGCAUCAUGAAGAUACAACAAGAGAGUCUGCCUUUGCAUACACUAACAGCAAUAACACCCGAGAUCCAUUUGAAGGACCCAACUACCACAUCGCUCCUCGAUGGGUUUACAACCUUUCAACCAUCUGGAUGUGUUUUGUGGUGGUUGCAUCAGUCUUCACCAAUGGUCUUGUCUUGGUGGCCACAGCAAAGUUCAAGAAGCUCCGUCAUCCUCUAAACUGGAUCUUGGUCAAUCUUGCAAUUGCUGAUCUUGGAGAAACAGUCUUUGCCAGCACCAUCAGUGUGUGCAACCAGUUCUUUGGGUAUUUCAUUCUAGGACACCCUAUGUGCGUCUUUGAGGGCUUCACCGUGUCCACUUGUGGUAUUGCUGCUCUUUGGUCCCUUACCAUCAUCUCCUGGGAGAGAUGGAUAGUCGUGUGCAAACCUUUUGGAAAUGUCAAGUUUGAUGCCAAAUGGGCCACAGGUGGAAUUGUGUUCUCCUGGGUUUGGUCUGCUGCAUGGUGUGCUUGUCCAAUCUUUGGAUGGAGCAGGUUUUGGCCCCAUGGACUGAAAACCUCAUGUGGACCUGAUGUGUUCAGUGGAAGUGAAGACCCAGGAGUCCUGUCCUACAUGAUUGCUCUGAUGAUCUCAUGUUGUUUCCUUCCUCUGGCUAUCAUCAUCAUCUGCUACUUCUUUGUGUGGCUGGCCAUCCAUUCUGUUGCCAUGCAGCAGAAGGAAUCCGAGUCCACCCAGAAAGCUGAGAAGGAAGUCUCCAGGAUGGUUGUCGUCAUGAUCGUAGCUUAUUGUGUGUGCUGGGGUCCUUACACCUUUUUUGCCUGCUUUGCUGCGGCCAACCCUGGAUAUGCCUUCCAUCCCCUGGCCGCUGCCAUGCCUGCGUACUUUGCCAAGAGCGCCACCAUCUAUAACCCAAUCAUUUAUGUCUUCAUGAAUCGGCAGUUUCGAACAUGCAUCAUGCAACUCUUUGGCAAACAGGUGGACGAUGGUUCUGAAGUAUCCACAUCAAAGACAGAGGUCUCCUCUGUGGCUCCUGCAUAAGCAUCCAUGUUUUCCUUUUUGGAUAAAAGAAAAAAGAAAAAACAAACAAGCAAAUAUCUUGUUUUAUUUAAUAUUUUUCAUAAAAAUAGUUGACUGCAAAUGAAAACAACCCCCCCAAAAAAAACUGUAUUUAAAAUGACAGCAUUAUCUUGUACAAAUGUAGUAUUUUUUUCACUUGAGUGUGAAAUAUAAAGCAAUGUUACAUACUUUUCUUGUUUGUUUUCAUCUUUUUAAAAAUUAGUAUGUCCAAAUAUCAG